AUGGUGGAGGUGACAGUGACCCCCCACUCCUCCCUCGCCGACCGCCCGGUGCGGAUACAGGUGUGGGGCCUGACCCCAUCCCAGCUCAUCACCCUAUGGGUCUGGCUCCGGGAUGAGCAUGGGGAACGCUUCCAAGCACGAGCCUUCUUCCGUGCGGAUGCUGAGGGUCGGGUGGAUCCCGGGUCCCAACCUGCCCUGGGGGGCAGCUAUAGUGGCCUCUGCCCUAUGGGGCUGCUGUGGGCCCUGCAGCCGGACACCCCCUUCCUGCGCCUGCUCAAGCGGGAUGUGACCGGCAGCCCCUUCCGCAUCCAUGUGGAAGUGUUUGAUGGAGUCAUCCUGGGUCACAGCCCUCGGGAUCGGCCCUUGGCUGCCUGCGAGGCCGAGCGAUGGUUUGUGGGUGCUGGGGUGCAGAGGGUGCCCGUCAGGGAGGGAAGGGUCCGUGGGGCCCUCUACCUGCCGCCUGGACCAGGACCAUUCCCGGGUGUCGUGGACCUGUUUGGGGGUGCAGGAGGGCUCAUUGAGUUCCGGGCAGGGCUCUUGGCCAGCAGGGGCUUUGCGGUGCUGGCCUUGGCUUUCUUUGCCUAUGAGGACCUGCCCCGCACCAUGGCCCAGAUUGACCUUGGGUACUUCGAGGAGGCGACGGCCGUGCUGCUGCAGCACCCCAAGGUGCGAGGCCCUGGCUUGGGCGUCAUCGGCGUGUCCAAGGGAGCCGAGGUGGCUUUGGCCAUGGCCUCCUUCCUGCCGCCGGUGCUGGCCACGGUGUGGAUCAAUGGCACCGCUUUCCUGCACGGCACCCCCCUGGUGUACAAGGACCUGCACAUCCCUGCUAUUCCCUAUGGGCUGGAGCGGGUGCUCAUCACCGACAUGGGAUCCUUGGAUAACUCCGGUGUCUUCCAUGACCCUCAGCAUCCUCUUCCCGGCUCCUCGGCCAUCCCGGUGGAGCGGAUCAAAGGGAAGGUGCUGUUCGUGGUGGGAGAAGCCGACCGCAGCCUCAAUAGCCAGCUCUUUGCCAGGCUGGCUAUGGCGCGGAUGGCACCGGAGCGGGGCCGCAUCCUGUCCUACCCUGGUGCUGGGCACCUCAUUGAGCCCCCUUGCUCCCCCCUUUGCAGCAUGUCCUCCAUGAGGGGCAGCCCCCGGCCCGUGCUAUGGGGGGGGGAAACCAAGGCUCAUGCCAGGGCUCAGGAACACUCAUGGAAGGAGAUUAUCCGGUUCUUGGAGCGUGAACUGGGAUGUGCCAGGGGGAAGCUGUGA